AAGGGCAGGGCGCAUGCGUGCCCCCUCAGCCUCAUGGCGCAUACUAGGCUGUGCCCGCGCUUCCCCUGUCUCCCCCCUCCGUUGCGCAUGCGCCGCCGAGAGCGGGCGCGAAACAGGCGCCUGCGUACUGCGGAGGGAGUGCGGGCGCGUGCGCACAAGGAAUGUAAUUCAGGGAGGUUCCCGCGCGCUCGCGCGCGCGCACCGACCGCGGGGGGCUGGCGCGUGCACAGUGAGUGGAUCCGCGGGCGCCUCCGCGCCUGCGCCGUAGGAACCCUGGCACCAUGAAGGCGGAAGCGCCGGCCAAGCCGCUGUGGGAGUGUCGCCAUUUUCCAAAAUGGCGGCGGCGCUGCAGGGGCUGCUGGUCCCGCACCUGCUGCCCGAGCGCUGCUACGACGAGCUUUUCCUGCGCUUCAACCUGCUGCACGGUGAGCGCGCGCCUCUCCCGCCCGGGCCACGCCCCCUGGUCGGCAUGGCAAAGCAAGGCGGCAGCCCUCCGGCGCUCCAUAGGCGCGGGGCAGAAGGGCCGCGUGCCACCGCCAUGUUGGUGCGGGGCGGAAGUACGACGCGGCGCCGCCGUGUUGGUGCAGGGCGGAAGUCCUGCCUGAGGCGUGCCGCCGCCAUGUUGCCCGUCUCUCCCCCCCGCCCAGGUGUCUCCUUCCUGGUGCUGUAUUUCGCUCUGCUCUGCCUGCUGCUCUCCCCUCUGGCCCCCCGGCCCGUGGUCACCCUCCUGCAAGCCACCAACGUGCCCGCCAUCGUCAUCAGCAGGCUACUCCAGGCGGCCACCAACUACCGCAACGGGCACACGGGGCAGCUGUCGGCUGUCACUGUCUUCCUGCUCCUCGGCGGCUCGCUGGCCCGGAUCUUCACCUCCAUCCAGGAGACGGGCGACCCCCUGAUGGCUCUGACCUACGUCGUCUCCUCCAUCUGCAACGGCAUCAUCGCGGGCCAGCUCCUCUAUUACUGGCACGUGCUGGCCGGCGCGGGGGCCGGGAAGAAGCGGGAAUAGAGGGGACCCCCCCCGGACUCUGACCGCGGCCUGCCCGGGGGUCCCCAUAGGGGGAGUGGGGGCUGCCCCCCGCCCCGCGCUGCCGUCUGAGCUGUAUCGAGGGGGGGGCAGGGCCCCCGUCUG